AUGCCGAUGCCAGUUGCAACCAGUAACAAAGUUAUAGUCACGGCGUUCAACGUUGGGAGUCUAUCCCGGGCCGUAAGCCGCAUGCCCGAUCUUGAGUGGUUGCGGGGACAUGCGGAGAGCGAGAUGGAUAUCGGAAUCAGGAAAAUUAUGGCGGAAGCUGUUGCUCAGAUCUCAGCAUUCCGACUACCUGCUCUUUCCAUACGCUGA